ACCGGCUGGGCUGGGCUGGGCUGGGCUGGAGAACAACAGUGCUGGAGACACCAGCGCUGCCGGAAGAGGGCAGAGGGCCGGCCCUAGGCCCCGGGCGCUGGAGCUGGCCAGAGCCGGACCCAGAGCUCCCACAGCUGCCCUUUCCCGGGCCGGGUCAUGCGCUGCCCCAAGUGCCUUCUCUGCCUGUCAGCACUGCUCACGCUCUUGGGCCUCAAAGUGUACAUCGAGUGGACGUCCGAGCCCCAGCUGGGUAAGGCCUACCCGGGACCCCGCAGCACCCCACCAGGCCCCACGCCAGCCAGCCCCGAGCCCACCCUGCCGGCUAACCUCUCGGCCCGUCUGGGCCAGACUGACCCGCUGCCCUCGGCUUACUGGAACCAGCAGCAGUGGCGGCUGGGGACCCUGCCCAGUGGGGACAGCACUGAGGUGGGGGGCUGCCGCGCUUGGGGAGCUGCCGCUGCGGCUGAGAUCCCCGACUUCGCCUCCUACCCCGAGGACCUCCGCCACUUCCUGCUGUCGGCAGCCUGCCGGAGCUUCCCACGGUGGAUGCCCAGGGGUGGCAGUGGCCAGGUGGCCAGCUGCGAGGAUCCUGACAUCCCCUACCUGCUGUUGGCCGUCAAGUCGGAACCAGGGCGCUUUGCGGAACGACAGGCCGUGAGGGAGACGUGGGGCAGGCCGGCUCCCGGGGUCCGGCUGCUCUUCCUGCUGGGGUCCCCAGCGGGCGAGGGGAGGCCUGACCUAGGCUCCCUGGUGGCCUGGGAGAGCCGCCGCUACAGCGACCUGCUGCUCUGGGACUUCCUUGACGUCCCCUUCAACCAGACGCUCAAGGACCUGCUGCUGCUAGCCUGGCUGGGCCGCCACUGCCCCAGCGUGAGCUUCAUCCUGCAAGCCCAGGAUGACGCCUUUGUGCACAUCCCCGCCCUUCUGGACCACCUGCGGGCCCUGCCGCCCAGCAUGGCCCGUGGCCUCUACCUGGGUGAGGUCUUCACCCAGGCCAAGCCCCUCCGGAAUCCUGGAGGACCCUUCUACGUGCCUAGGUCCUUCUUUGAAGGCGGCUACCCAGCCUACGCAAGUGGGGGUGGCUACAUCAUUGCGGGCCGCUUGGCACCCUGGCUGCUGCGGGCAGCGGCCCGCGUGGCCCCCUUCCCCUUCGACGAUGUCUAUACCGGCCUGUGCUUCCAAGCCCUGGGCCUGGUCCCCAGGACCCACAAAGGCUUCCUCACGGCCUGGCCGGCAGACCGCACUGCUGACCCCUGUGCUUUCCGUGACCUGCUGCUGGUGCGGCCCCUCAGCCCCCAGGACAGCAUCCAGCUCUGGAAACAGCUGCGGGACCCUCAGCUCCAGUGCUGAGACUCGGAGGUGGGGAGGGGCAGGGAGGGCAGACCUGGCCUGGGCCUUGGCGCAGCCCCUUGCUCAGCCUCUCUUUCUAGGCCUCGGUGCGAGGAAGGAGGUCCUGGAAUAGAGGCUGCCUGAGCCCUCCCUGGGCCUCCCCAAGAGGCGACAGACUGUUUUUUCCGUCUUUCAGUUUUUGAAAAAUAUGCACUCCCCACCCUGAGGCCUGGAGUCGUCGUCUCUGUCUACGGGGCCUUGAGGUAGUUUACAGAGCAAAGCUCAGCUGCACCUGACCUUCACACCAGACACUCUCCCCACACUUACUGGGCAAGGCUGGCUCCAAUGGCCUCCUGGUCACCUUGCUGGACACCAGCUUUGACCCGUUCUAUGGGAGACAAGAGGCUGUCUCCGGAGGACCCCACCCCCAUCCUGUUUGCUGACGCUGACCUUCCAGCUUGCAAACGUUUCUGGAGUAAGAAGAUAGCGCAACAGACUUGGCCUUGUUUAUCUCAACUGGAGAAGCAGGGGUGGUCCCAAACCAGUCAUGCUCCCACAUCCCAAACUCCAGGAAACAGAAACCAGAGGUAGCAUGGAGCCAAAUGCAGAGACACAGUUUAUUCACUACCUGCUGACCACCUCUCACUCUGACUAAGUUCCACAGGCUGACCUGCCACGUCCACCCCCAGCCCUGAGGGGCUUCCAGUCCUGGAGGUGCCCUUGCCCAGCCCCUGGGAGAAGACCCUGUAACUAAAGGCAAAGAAGGGGCUGACCAAGGCCCCACCAACGUAACAGCCUGGAGAGGCAGGAGCCGCCCCAAGUGCUGCCCUGGCCCGAGUGUGCUGCAGGGAGCUGUCAGGGGAAGAGGGUAGCAUCCUGCCCGUCACCUCUGCCCCUCAGAGGCAGAGUUGAGGUAGGUGGGGAUGGGGCAAGUAGCCUCACUUCUCGAAGUGAUCCAGUGGGUAGUGUUCCCCAUAGGUCUGGAGGUGACGGGCCAAAGACUCCUGCUGCUUGCGGAGCUGGGUAGGCAUCUCCUGAUACACAUCUGAGAAGAGCAGGCUGGGGCUGGGCUUCAGCUUCCGCUCGGCCUGCUCAAAGGCCUCCAUCACCUGGGGGACAAGCGGCAGUGGGCAGGCAGCCAACCUCUCACCCAGGAACCUGCUUCCUACCUGUGGGAUCUUGGCGAGGGGUUAAGCCCCCUGAGCCUCAAGUUCCCACGUGGACAAUGGAAAUAGUGGUGACGGGCUUCCCUGGUGGCACAGUGGUUAAGAAUCUGCCUGCCAAUGCAGGGGACAGGGGUUCGAGGCCUGGUCCAGGAAGAUCCCACAUGCCGCGGAGCAACAAAGCCCAUGUGCCACAACUACCGAGCCUGCGCUCUAGAGCCCACGCCACAACUACUGAAGCCCACGUGUCUAGGGCCCGUGCUCCGCAACAAAGAGAAGCCACCGCAAUGAGAAGCUCGCGCACCACGACGAAGAGUAGCCCCUGCUCGCUGCAACUAGAGAAAGACCGCACGCAGCAACGAAGACCCAGCGCAGCCAAAAAUAAAUAAAUUAAUAAAUUAAAAAGGAAAAAAAACCAGUGGUGACAACUGAUGUCCCAAAUCCCAGCAUCUCCACCCUUAGCAGAACCAGGCACUAUACUAAGAGUAUGGAAUCGAUUCAGCCUCUCAGCAGCCCUAAGAAGCAGGCAGCUCAGAGGUGAGGAAACCGAGGCACAGAAAAGAGAAGGGACGUGCCCACGAUGACGUGGUCAGGGGCAGAGCCAGGAAGCACAUGCUGCCCGACACCAGGGUCUGCCCUGCCCACUGGGCCGCAGUGCUUCUGGUGUCUGAUGACCAGGGCCAAGGAGGGCAGUGCACAGACUCUGGCGGACACUUACACCCCAUCUGGAUCAGAUGCAAACCCUCAGACAAGCUUCUGAGGUGGGUACCCCAGUAUCCCUCUUCAGAGGCGAAGGAGCUGAGGGCAGAACACGGCUGAGGUGCACGUGUCCUGGCAUCGUGACAUUAGAGACGUCACCAGGGUUAUCCCCGAGACUGCCAAUUCAAUGGCCCCCAACCCCCAGCCUCCCCACCCUUCCAGGGUUCUCUGUGACACACCAUCCCGGAACACGGCCCCUGGGGUGGUUUCCAACAGAGGGCGGCCCUUGCCCACCUUCUUGCGGGACUGCUUCCUCCAGGCCUUCUCCUGCUCGUCGUCCCACCAGCCACAGCUCUGCAGGUAGUGCCUCAGCCGGGAGAUGGGGUGGUCCUGCUUGUCCCAGUAAUUGACCUCAUCCACUGAGCGGUACGCCGAGCUGUCGUCACUGGUGCUGUGGUGCCCGAUCCUACCAGCGGG